AUGGCCACUGACAAGAUUUUCCCGUUAGAAUCCUUACCAAAUGAAGUCUUCAUUGGUAUAUUUCAAUUUCUUCAUCCAUCACAUCUAUUUCAAGCGUUUUACAACUUGAAUUGCCGUUUUAAUUAUUUAUUACAAUCGCUGUCAUGGUUAACUCUCAAUCUUACUACAAAUUCUUACAGUAACGAUGAAAGUUUUCCUUUCAUUCGUAUUCUGAUCAUCAAUCGAGCAAUCAAUAUCGAUUUCAAUCAAUUUCUUCACAUUCGCUCUCUCAUUCUUCGAUAUCCAACCGACAAACUCUUAUCACAACUAAAUCAUCUUACAUUUCCACAGUUACAGCAUCUCUACAUCAAUCAUAUGCAUAUUUCUGUUCUGAAUCACAUUCCGAACCUUUGUCAGAAAACAUUUUCUAACGGAUUUCCUAACCUUCAAUCUUGUCAUCUAUUCGAAUGGGGAACACUCGUCAAAACUUUCACGUGGACACUAUCCCCACUAUUACAUACUGUUAAAGUUGGAAAAAUCGAUCUCGCCAUCUACAAAUCAAUCUUAACUUCGUGUCCAAAUUUAUCUUUUCUUCAAUUAGCAACAUUAACGUCAGCGAAUACAUCUACUCAAAUCAUUCCACAUCAAAAACUUAAACGUCUGAUCAUUCGUUCUACGCCAUUUAUUCAACCAUGGAAAGACAACGAUAUCGAUUGUUGUCUUUCCUAUGCUCCCAAUCUUGAAUAUUUCAGUGUCCAUCAAACAGAUAUGUUUCUCAAACAAAAAUGUGAUUGGCUAGCAUCGAUAAUUCGUUGUCGUUUAGCAUUUCUUCAACAAUUUGUUUUCUAUUUUCAUUUUUGUGAUAUUGAACACAUGAAGGAACAGAGUGUUAAAGUAAAUCUUGAUACAAUUGAAGAGAAUUUUCAUAUCGCUCAUGACGAUCGAUAUCGAACCCGAUUUAUCGCUAUACAAACAAAAUUAUUUUAA